UCCUCCUCCUCCUCAUCAUCAUCACCCGAGACCUGCUCCUGACAAGAUACACGCCGCUCGGCGACGCGACCGGCUCGGUGAAUGAACGCGGCUGACGCGACGCGCGUCGCUGUCCGCGGUGCUGAAACAUGUGUGUCUGGAGGUCGGGCAGCUGUGACGGCCCAUGCCGAGGCUUGCGGCGCUGAGUGACGCUCUGGUUCCCCAGCAUGGGCAGUGUAGGCAGCGGAGUGGCCGGUGAGCAGGAGUUUGCCAUGAAGAGCGUGGGCACUCGCACCACUCUCCCUCGUGGCCCUCCUCUGUCCCGUCUCCACGCGCCUCCCUCCGCCUCGGACGGCCCCAGUGACAGCACCGCCACGGAUCGAGGCCAACUCAACAUCGCCUCGUCUCGGCCCAGCCACGGGGACAAGGCAGCGCACAGAACCAGAGGAGUGUCUCUGGAUGCUUGCGGUAACGUGGUGGGUCACGGUGCGGAGAAGAACCACGAGGUAAAGGGCAGAGACGGGAACAACAGCAAGAGAGACAGUCGCACACCACCCAAGAUCCUCACUGUGUCCGGCAAACUCGAGCAGAAUAAUUCUGCUCUGGUCCGGCCGUCUGCCUUCAAACCCGUGGUGCCCAAGAGUUUUCACUCCAUGCAGAACCUGCUGGGUCAGUCCAAUGGAGGACGAUCUGCUUGCUCCGACGCUCCGCAGUCCCUCUGUGAGCAGGACAGUCCGGAUCGGGACCCUUCGGCUGGAAACGACGGUCCAACCGGCAUGACCGACUCCGGGAGGAACUCGCUGACCAGCCUGCCCACCAUGAGCUACGGCCCCGCUCAAGCGCUGGGGCCCCUCAGCGCCUCCACCAGUCACAUCAACAGACUGAGCAGCACAGCGGCACCGCUGGAGAAACCAGACAAACCCAGCUAUCAGAACGGCCUGAGCGUGUCCGACAGCGGACAGUCCUCCUCCGGGAAGAGCUGCUUGUCCUAUCAGAGACUCUGUCAGACCACCGUCCAGCCGUCGCCCUCCACCGACGACAUUAUCCAGGACCUGGAGGACCGACUCUGGGAGAAAGAGCAGGAGGUGAUCCACAUGCGGCGUAACCUGGACCAGAGCGAGGCGGCCAUCGUGCAGGUGUUCGAGGAGAAGCAUUGCGUCUGGGAGCGAGACAUGGAGGAGCUGAGGCAGAACUACGCCGGCCGUCUGCAGCAGGUGACCCACCGAGCCCAGCGCACACAGCAGGCCCUGCAGACCCACAUCGCCCGUCUGCAGCAGGACAAGGGCCGGCUCCAGGACGAGAUCAGCGCUCUGCUCGCACAGAGAGAGGAGCUGGAGCACAAGUGUCUGGAUUACCGCAAGGAGCAGGCGGAUAUACUGCCUCGCCUGGAGGAGACCAAGUGGGAGCUGUGUCAGAAAGCGGGCGAGAUCUCUCUGCUGAAGCAGCAGCUGCGGGAGAGUCAGAACGAGGUUACGCAGCGCGCCGGAGAGAUGGUGGCCCUCAGGGGCCAGCUGAAGGAGCUCAAGGGCCAGAUAAAGGAACGCGAGGAGACCAUGAUCGGCCUGAAGGACUCGUACACCAACAAGAGCCGCGAGCUGGAGAGAUGUGAAGGAGAACUGAAGAGAACGCUGACAGAGGUGUCGAUGUUGCGUGACAAGCUGGUGGUGUUCGAGGCCGAGGUUCUGGGUCUCAAGCGGGCUCUGAGCGAGCUGAGCUGCAGGAGUGAUCACGCCGUGUGUCUGAGGGACAUCAGCGGCUGCAGCAGCUUACCGUGGGCCGGCCUGCACUCGCCCCGCUCGCCCGAAGCCCUGCCCAUCGACAGCUUCCUCAGCCUGCAGAGCGACGAGGCCAAAGCGCAGCGGCAGGAGGCCGGAGAGCUGCGGCGGCAGCUGGAGAGACUGCAGGGCGAGCUGCACUUGGAGCGGCAGCAGAGAGAGAGGCAGGUGCUCACCUUCGCUCAGGAGCGGCACACCUGGAAGGGAGAGAAGGAGCGAGUGCUGAAGUACCAGGCGCAGCUGCAGCUCAGCUACGUGGAGACGCUGCAGAGGAACCAGGCGCUGGAGGAACGGGUCGGCCAGCUCGGAGCCAAACUGGGCACCUCGCCCGGAUCGCCCGGAUCACCCGUCAGCCUCUCCAUCCCCGUUCUGGGCGAGAAAGAGCAUGUGCUGAAGUAUCAGGCGCUGGAGGAGCGGGUCGGCGUUAAACUGGGCCCCAGGCCCGGAUCGCCCGUCGGUCUCUCCAUCCCUGUUCCGCUGACCGCCGACGAUCCCAAACCGAUCCUGCAUCAGCUGGCGCCUCCGUGGCCCGGACCUACUCGCCUGGAGCGGAUCGAGUCCACGGAGAUUUAGACGCGAGACAAUCGACGCGAGACUGUUCUGUGUGAAGACUAAAGAGGGCCGAGAUCAGCCUGUGUUACUGCAACACAUGAAAGAAUUACGCAGUUGAGAAUUAAAAGUGAUGCGCAUUUCUCCAGCUUUUAAUCUUCUGAGAUCUCUUUUGGUUAUCAGUGAUAUGGAGGGGAAAUGUUUCAGUAGUCUGUGUGGGCCUUAUGGGACCGGUCAAAAGCUUUGGAAUAAUUACAAUUAAUGUUUUUGAAA